AUGCAUCGCAUCCGCCAAUCAUUUUUUUGGAAUGGUCUUACGACCGACACCAAAGACUUCGUUGAAAAGUGUGCAGUAUGUCGACAAACACAACGAGCAAACCCUAAAGAACCUUUGAAAUUGCGAGACAUACCCGAAUAUCCCUUUCAAUUAGUGUCGACAGAUAUUUUCAAAUUUAAAGGUGACGACUUUCUACUAAUCGCCGAUCCCUACUCCGGAUUUAACGACUUCCGAAAACUCAAGUCAAGUACAUCAUCGGAAGUAAUAUAUUUAUUACGUCAGUGGUGCUCCGUACAUGGAAUUCCCGAAAUACUUGAGUCCGAUGGAGGCCCACAAUACAGCAGCCAAGCCUUCAGAGAGUUCGCAACAAACUGGAAAUUCAAGCUCAGAAUUUCUUCACCACAUUACCCUCAAUCCAAUGGAUUCGCGGAGCGCAAGGUUCAAACUGUUAAAGGUAUUUUAAAGAAGUGUUGGCACGAUGGAAGCGAUCCAUAUUUAGCGAUGUUGCUGCUGCUGUUUGGUGUCGCCAAAGUACUGCAGGAACUGCGUGAUAAUCAAAAACGCUAUGCCGAUCAGGUCGCAACUCCUCGCCCACCGCUUAAAACUGGCGACAACGUCAGAAUGCAGACAGGUCACCGCGAAUGGAAACCAGCCAAAGUCGUCGAGAUGACCGAAAGUCCACGCUCAGUCAUAGUGGAAACACCCGAAGGCAGAAAAUAUCGCAGAAACAGCAAAUAUCUCCAUACAACAAAAGCGAGCAUACCUUCGGAAAACUCACCAACGCUGGAAUGUGAAUCCAAUAACGCUCACGUACCUGUAUCCAAUGAGUACCAGGAAAUUGCACCUAGUGAACAAUCACCUGACCAGAGUAGCGGCAUCCAAACUCAGUACUCCGGCGAAAAUGCAGACCGGCAGACUAAGGUCUCCUGCUACGGACGGAAAAUCAAACCUGUCGAAAAAUACGACCCUUCAAAAUAUUAA